AUGUCAACAUCGACUCCCACGGCAGCCGAUAAACAACAGGCAAUCAUCGCUGCCGCCGCUCUUUGUGACAACUUCGAUUCCUUGAUCUCGGACUAUGGAAUUCUCACUGGAGCUUUCCCUCUAGAAGAUCCACACAUCAAAGACUGCUUCAUCUCGAGAGAUAUCAUCACUAGCAUGGAGCUGGUCGAGCUAGAUGAUAAGGCCAGGAAGUUGAGAUCUCGGGUUGAGAAAGAUGCGAGAAAGGAGAAAUACCGAUAUACGCCACGAGAGCGCCAUGAAAACGCAAGAAAAUACCUUGAGAAGCGGUUUAAAGUUGUAGUUGAAGACCUGAAAGAGUUGAAGAUCCACCUCGAGAGCUCGUUUCCCUUUAAAUACCUGCCGAACUGCUCAUACAGACUUCUAGGCGAGGUAGGAAAGCAGCCAGCUCAAGAAAUCAGAGUUCCACAGGACCUGCAACAAUAUUUCCUCCGAGAUAGCACUCUCGAUAGGAUAUUUCCAGCACUUAAUGGCUUGGUCCAAUCUCCUAUACCUCACGCGAGUCCCCGCGAAGAACCAGUUGAGCAAUUUGCUUCUGAUCCAAGCCCCUUUCAGUCUCCCCAAACGAUCAAGAGAACAUUCCCUCGAUUCGAAAACACUUCACAGCCUUCUGAUCGCAAUGAGUUCAUGAUGUCGAGCAAGUAUCUUGUCAAGCAAGCUUCAAAGUCGACUCGUCCCCGACGUCUAGUAGCAAUGGGAAUAGCUGAAAGAAUUGCCAACACAAUCUCCAACCCUCAAGAGUUCAACCACCCUUUCGGAAUAUUGGCGCCAGAAGUCCAGACUCCACAGCAGAUCUGGCGACAUCGAUUCCCGAAUGGAUAUUCCCAGUUGGAAUCUGCAGAGUACACCCGAGCCUUAGAAGAGCUACUUGCGGCUUCUACUAGGAAGAGGAAAUUGUUGGAGACGGCGAUGUCGAAAAGGUUGAAGGCAGCCCAGGCUAAAAACAGCGCUUUGGAAGCGACGCUGAAAGAGACAAAGAAAGAGAACAAGGAAUUGAAGGAGAACAAUGGACAAUUGGGCGAGAAGUUGGAACGGCAGAGGCGGACGAUAUCCAGACAGCAGACUUCUGGCCACCACCGUAUAUCUUUCACUGACGUAAAUCUGAAGACCAAGCGGAAGCGCCACUACGAUGAACUCGGUCAGGAGGUGGUCUCCAAAGAAAACAAAGACCCAGAUCUGGAUUUAUCUACCAAGCGUCUGAGAAUAUCUUGA